UUCAUUUCCAGGACAGAGAAGCUGAGAGAGUGCGCGGGAAAUUCCGGACUGCGCCACUGACACACAGGGGGGGAAUGCACUGUCACUGACCCUGCGCAGCCGGCACUGCCCACACGGAUCCCCCCUCUCACCUGGUACAGCUCCCCCCCUUCUGUGCUCCGUGUGUGUCAGCGGUUCUGCCACUGUCAGAGGAUGGGCACCCCGGCAAAUGGCUAUAGGGCUCCUGGCUUCCAUCUGCGCAGGAUUGGGCCCCGGGGGCCACAGCCAGAUGCAGCAAAUUAUAUACACUUCUUGAAACCUGUGACCCUGAUCGGGAGGAACAAGAGCGUAGUGGAUUAUUUUGCCACGGCGCAGGACCCUCAUGGAAGAGUCUAUAUUUCGAGGAUUCAUGCUCGUGUCAUUUGUGCAUCCAGCCCCAUGAGCUUCAGGCUGAUGGAUUCCAGCUUCACUGGGGUGUAUGUGAAUGAUGUGCGCAUCGAUGCUGAGCACUUUCUAAAUGAAGGAGACACGGUCACGUUUGGGCACCCAAGCAGUGGCAAUAUCUGCCCGGGCACCAGAGCACGCCAGCCAAACUCUGAACUCUACUUUCUGUUUGAACGUUGCCAAUGCCGGAUGGAACAGUCGUCUGAGGAAAGCUCUCCUGAGGAAUGUGCAGUAUCUCCACCUCUGAAGCUAAUAGAAGAUAAUAAGCAUGCCCAGAUGGACACUGGAAUUGUUACUGCAGGUCCUAGUGCCGGUGGUGAAACCCUUUCAGAUCCUGACAGGAAUACCUCUCCAGCUCCAACCCCAGUGGAUAUAAUGGGUGUUCCUAGGUAUCUUUCAAACCCUCCUGAAUAUACCACCAUAAAGUCCUUCAAGAACAGGAGCCUGCUUGAGCUAAGUUCCAGAGAGACUUCUAAUAUAUCCUUGCAUUCCAGCCUGUUGUUUGAUUCAGAUGAAGAAGGCUCUCACCAGUCAGAAGAAGGAAAAUCUUUUACAAUAAAAUGCUCUGCACAAUCUCCAGUUUUCUCUGUCGAUGAGCCCUACUGUGAGACUGAUGCUAAAGCUCCAUCCGGUGACGUGGUAGAGUCUGAAUAUAGAGAUGUAACAUCACCUUGUCAUGUAGCGCAAUACGGAGAGGAGGAGCUUCAUGAGAAACUCGAUGACGAGCGAAUUCAAGACCAGAGUGUUGUUGAAUGUGACACUUUAGCUUCUCCGAGAGUAUGGCCAGAGAGUGAAAACCAAUCUUUGGGAGUAGAGUAUGCCACCAAUGAGCAUAUUGCUGAUACCCGUGAUAGCCCAAUGACCAAUGAGCAUAUUGCUGAUACCCGUGAUAGCCCAAUGACCAAUGAGCAUAUUGCCGAUACCCAUGAUAGCCCAAUGACCAAUGAGAAUAUUGCUGAUACCCGUGAUAGCCCAAUGACCAAUGAGCACACUGCUGAUACCCGUGAUAGCCCAAUGACCAAUGAGCAUAUUGCUGAUACCUGUGAUAGCCCAAUGACCAAUGAGAAUAUUGCUGAUACCCGUGAUAGCCCAAUGACCAAUGAGCAUAUUGCUGAUACCCGUGAUAGCCCAAUGACCAAUGAGCAUAUUGCUGAUACCUGUGAUAGCCCAAUGACCAAUGAGCAUAUUGCUGAUACCCGUGAUAGCCCAAUGACCAAUGAGCAUAUUGCUGAUACCUGUGAUAGCCCAGUGGCCCAAUUGUUACACCAACUGGACACAAACAGAGAAUACCAGGCAACAGAGUCUAUCUCUACUGCAGAAUGUUUGGCUUACAGUAACAAAUCAGUCCAUAUAUAUAAGGACAGCCUACCACUGCCUGCAUGUAACAUCUCAUCCAUUAUACAAGAAGAUGUUACGUUAGAUAAAUUGCACAAAAAAGAUGCAGAAAUACUUAAUUGUGGAUCUUUAAGCCCAGCAGUUGUUGCUUCAGUGACAGUGAUGCCCAGUGCGCCCUGCACUGUAAUUACGGAGCCUGGGGAGAAGGCCGCUGCCGAACACUUUGCAUUUAUGUCUAUUGAUGAUUCUGUAUUGAAAGAAGCAGAAGACAUGGAGGUCUGUGCCGCUGCUGGAAGUUACAUAGGAAAAAAACAAAUGCAUAUGGAUCCAUCUUGUGAACAGCCAGGAAUGAAUAUGGAAAGUAAUGGAGGUGAGAAGAAGCUGGCAGUGAGUCUUAGCCAGGCAGAAUGCAGAGGGAAUGGAGCCCCUAAUGAACCACCGGGCAUCUGUCCUUCCAGGAACGUCGGUGAAGCUUUUCCAUCAAGGGAUUCGUCUGUGGUUAUGAGAGAGACGUCACUAAGAUGUUCUGGGUCUCUUGCAGAUUAUUGUGAUGACCAAAUCUCUAGUGUAAAACAAAACACUCAUGAUUCUGGCAGUCCUUCUCCAUUACCAUUAGUCCAGUGUGCGGACGACAGGCCUUUACCGGCUACGGGCAAUGUUUUACUGCACAAAGAUUAUAAUGAAAAAGCAGAAAGAGAAGUAGAGGUGGAAAACGCUGACUAUUACUGUGAUUCUACUCAUGAGUUCUACAGGGGGAACAAAGAGCCCGAGACAGGCAUUCUGCUGCCCAAGCAACAUCUUCAGCAAGAGCGACACAAGAACCCCUCCGAUUCUGUCAGUGUAACACACCUGGAUCCAGACAUUACAGAGGAGACACAGUCUGUCAGUGUAACACACCUGGAUCCAGACAUUACAGAGGAGACACAGUCUGUCAGUGUAACACACCUGGAUCCAGACAUUACAGAGGAGACACAGUCUGUCAGUGUAACACACCUGGAUCCAGACAUUACAGAGGAGACACAGUCUGUCAGUGUAACACACCUGGAUCCAGACAUUACAGAGGAGACACAAUCUGUCAGUGUAACACACCUGGAUCCAGACAUUACAGAGGAGACACAGUCUGUCAGUGUAACACACUCAGCUCCUGACAUUACAGAGGAGACACAGUCUGUCAGUGUAACACACCUGGAUCCAGACAUUACAGAGGAGACACAGUCUGUCAGUGUAACACACCUGGAUCCAGACAUUACAGAGGAGACACAGUCUGUCAGUGUAACACACCUGGAUCCAGACAUUACAGAGGAGACACAGUCUGUCAGUGUAACACACCUGGAUCCAGACAUUACAGAGGAGACACAGUCUGUCAGUGUAACACACCUGGAUCCAGACAUUACAGAGGAGACACAGUCUGUCAGUGUAACACACCUGGAUCCAGACAUUACAGAGGAGACACAGUCUGUCAGUGUAACACACCUGGAUCCAGACAUUACAGAGGAGACACAAUCUGUCAGUGUAACACACUCAGCUCCUGACAUUACAGAGGAGACACAGUCUGUCAGUGUAACACACUCAGCUCCUGACAUUACAGAGGAGACACAGUCUGUCAGUGUAACACACUCAGCUCCUGACAUUACAGAGGAGACACAGUCUGUCAGUGUAACACACUCAGCUCCUGACAUUACAGAGGAGACACAAUCUGUCAGUGUAACACACUCAGCUCCUGACAUUACAGAGGAGACACAGUCUGUCAGUGUAACACACCUGGAUCCAGACAUUACAGAGGAGACACAAUCUUUCAGUGUAACACACUCAGCUCCUGACAUUACAGAGGAGACACAAUCUGUCAGUGUAACACACUCAGCUCCUGACAUUACAGAGGAGACACAGUCUGUCAGUGUAACACACUCAGCUCCUGACAUUACAGAGGAGACACAAUCUGUCAGUGUAACACACCUGGAUCCAGACAUUACAGAGGAGACACAGUCUGUCGGUGUAACACACUCAGCUCCUGACAUUACAGAGGAGACACAAUCUGUCAGUGUAACACACCUGGAUCCAGACAUUACAGAGGAGACACAAUCUGUCAGUGUAACACACUCAGCUCCCGAGACAGGCAUUCUGCUGCCCAAGCAACAUCUUCAGCAAGAGCGACACAAGAACCCCUUUGAUUCUCAUGAGGAGGAAUGUUCCUUUGAUUUCCAGAUUGUGAAUGUUUGUAGUUUGUCUCCUUCCAUGAAAUUACAGAAGACAAACAUUUCCACCAAAUCUGCCGCCAACGAGAAUGUUCUUGUGGGUUCAGCUGAGGAUCAGUGCAUAGGAGGCAGAGAAGUUCUGAAUGAGGCAAGGCAUUGUGGGCAGAUGAUGGACACAGUGAAACAAACGAGUGUGUUAUCCCAAGACUCUAAUACAAAUGGUAUUCAGAUAAUUGAGGAGGGGACCUGUCAUUACAACAUUGCCGAUCCAAUAGCCACAGUUAGCAUGGGAGGGUAUCCCUUGGAAACAGCAGACUUUGCCCCACCUGCGCCUGUGGCCCCAGGGGGUUUAGGUAAUGACAUGGAGCAAGAUUAUAGGAGUUCCGUCGGGCUAAAGAGAUGUUUUGAUGACACAGGGACCAGAUUUUCUUCAGAAAAGAAAGUGCCCACAAAAAAGUCUCGGGUGUGUCAUGAGGAGUCCCAGAAGCCACCGGGCAUUUGUGCCCAGCGAGACAGCAUUGGGGACAUUCUACACCAGUUUAUUACAGCCAACCAGACACCUAGACAGUCGGCUAGAAGGGAUGUAAGCGCUUGUACACACAAUCCAUACACAAUAGCCCAUAUCAUCCGUGACUAUUUUAGACAUCUAGGGACAGUAAGUUUGGCACAAGCGCAAUCCUUUAGUUUAACACACAGUCAGAUUUCAGUGCAGUCACAGUCUGUCAGUGUAACACACCUGGAUCGAGACUUUACGGAGGAGACACAGUCUGUCAGUGUAACACACCUGGAUCGAGACUUUACAGAGGAGACACAGUCUGUCAGUGUAACACACCUGGAUCGAGCCUUUACAGAGGAGACACAAUCUGUCAGUGUAACACACUCAGCUCCUGACAUUACAGAGGAGACACAGUCUGUCAGUGUAACACACUCAGCUCCUGACAUUACAGAGGAGACACAGUCUGUCAGUGUAACACACACGGCUCUUGAUAUUGCAGAGGAGACACAGUCGGUCAGUGUAACACACCUGGAUCCAGACAUUACAGAGGAGACACAGUCUGUCAGUGUAACACACUCAGCUCCUGACAUUACAGAGGAGACACAGUCUGUCAGUGUAACACACCUGGAUCCAGACAUUACAGAGGAGACACAGUCUGUCAGUGUAACACACUCAGCUCCUGACAUUACAGAGGAGACACAGUCUGUCAGUGUAACACACCUGGAUCCAGACAUUACAGAGGAGACACAGUCUGUCAGUGUAACACACCUGGAUCCAGACAUUACAGAGGAGACACAGUCUGUCAGUGUAACACACACGGCUCUUGAUAUUACAGAGGAGACACAGUCUGUCAGUGUAACACACUCAGCUCCUGACAUUACAGAGGAGAUACAGUCCGUGAUUGUAACACACCUGGAUCCAGACAUUACAGAGGAGACACAAUCUGUAGGUGUAACACACAUUCCAGAAGAAAUAGCCUCUGUCAGUGUAACACACCUGGAUCCAGACAUUACAGAGGAGACACAGUCUGUCAGUGUAACACACCUGGAUCCAGACAUUACAGAGGAGAUACAGUCUGUCAGUGUAACACACUCGGCUCCUGACAUUACAGAGGAGAUACAGUCUGUCAGUGUAACACACUCAGCUCCCGACAUUACAGAGGAGACACAGUCUGUCAGUGUAACACACUCAGCUCCCGACAUUACAGAGGAGAUACAGUCUGUCAGUGUAACACACACGGCUCUUGAUAUUGCAGAGGAGACACAAUCUGUAGGUGUAACACGCAUUCCAGAAGAAAUAGCCUCUGUCAGUGUAACACACACCUUGGCCCAAGCCGCAGGGGGUGAUGGGAUUUUGGCUAGGGUUAGGCACUGCCAAGUUCCUGAAGAGCAAAGGCAGAAAUCAUGGACCUCGUGUAAGGAGCAAACUCCAUCACAGAGCUGUGCAAGUGUGCGCCCAGCAGCGACUCUAACUCCGCCUAUAAUAAGUGGUGCAAACACAAGCCUUCUCACUGGCCUCCAUACCCAAGGUAUAAGCUCCUGUAACUGUUCAACUGGUACCCCGGGGGCAGAAUGUGAGUGGCCCAGUAUUAGCCAUGCCAGCAGCAGUGAUGAGCCAAUCCUGGGCUUCGUACCUGAGCCACAUGCAAGUCGUGCAGGUUCCUUGGGUACAAAGAAACCAUCAUUGUCAGAUAAUAAAAUGUACAAUGAAGGGACGCUGCCCUUGGGCAGCAGCCCUGAGAAUAUUAUUGCCACUGGCGAAUGGAGGUGUGUGACCCACGCAAGAGACCCUAUGCAGGGAGGUAAUGAGACUUCCAGUACCACAGACUGUGCCCAGCUGGAACAUGGCGGCACUGCUCAUUCGCACCAAGGAAACCUUGUGUUGCCGACAUCCAAGGAGGUAUUGGAACCAGCUCACUGCUCAGGGGUAAUACUCAACAAGUGGACCUAUAACUCUGAGGUUUCUCAGUGUAAGUCACGUAAUAUGAAUCCCACCAGGAACGUUAUCAUGAGGGGUGAGUGCUCCUCGCCCACGGUCUGUGCCUCCCAACCGGCCAUUAAAGAAGAAGAGGAUGGGGAUGAGUGUAUCAGAGCCGGUUCUACAGAAGUCUCCUCUCCAACCGCUCAGAGCCUCCAGGGCCCUAUGCAGGGUGCAGCGGGGCAUAAAGGGUCGUCUUCUGAGAGCCCAGACGUCUGGAGAAACUUGCAAACCAUCUCCCCAUUCAGGGAAGAGACGCGGCGCAUUGAUACUGAAGUUAUUGUCAUCUACGACUCUGAUGAAGAAAAGCCAUUUGUGAAUUCUGGACCAAGGGCAGAAAGUAACAUGUACGAUAAAGACUCAUCUAGACUGUCUUUAAAGAGAAAAAGAAAAACCCAUAGCCUUGAAACGAGUAAAUAUGAUAGGGGCGAGUUUGGGAAGUCAUCGGCUCCGUAUACUGACAGCAGUGCAGUCAUUGUUAUUGACAGUGAUGAUGAUGAUGAAGUUGAUGUGAAAGAAGAAGAAGAUGUGGACGCAGAUUAUGGUGGUGUCCAAGUCUCCGGUGAACAACACAGACCUAAAGAUAGCGAAGAACCUAGUUGGCCACAGUCAGGUUCAUGGGAAUCUCCUGAUUUUUCAGCAGAAUUGGCCAACUCACCAUAUUCAAGAGUUGGUUCCCCAGUCUUCCCAUCCCUGUAUAAUGCUCAGCCUGCAAGUUCAUCCUUUGCUAAUAACAUGGCCCCUCCUGUCCAGCCCAACCUAAUGCAUUCACACCUGGGGGAGCACCUACCCCUGCCACCUCUUCUCCCCAUCCACUCUGAUAUCGUCCCACCAGAUUCCCACUUAGAAAGAAUAUAUUCAGAUGAAGAGAAUGUUUCCAAGGAUUCUGACCUCAGUCAGGCCAUGUCAUCCCCUUUGCAGUUCCAGAACUUACCUGAACCCCAGAAAAAGCCAAUUGCUUCUAACUCUGGUGAGUCCCGCUCAGGAACACCCAAUGCCCACAUUAAAGCAAGUGAGGGGCCACAGUGUGCCUGGGCUCGAUCAGAGCAUGACGUCAAGUUCCAGCUGUCGGAAUGUCAGUCUGUACUGAGAGAGGUUUCUCAGGUUCUCUGUGACAUCCAGGGCAUUGAUGAAGAGACCAUGGCACAGUGGAGGAAAGGGAUCUUGGCUCUGCAGGAGGAGAGCCCCCUUCCUCAGACGCACAUUGCUGUCGUGGGGGACACUGGAGCUGGGAAGAGCAGCUUGCUGAAUGCUCUGCUGGAGCAGGACGACGUUCUGCCCACCUCAGCUAUGAGAGCCUGCACUGCCGUGGUCGUCGAGAUUGAGAAAAGCUCUGUCAUGGGAUACAAGGCCGAGGUGGAGUUCCUCUCCAAAGAGGAAUGGGAGCGCGAGCUGAAAGCGCUAAUCACUGACAUGAAGGACAAGUCGGGGCGCUUUAAGAGGCGGCCGGAUAAUAAGCCAGAGGCUAAAGUGGCGCACAGCCGAGUCAUGGCCGUGUAUGGGAAAAUAGCGGAGCUGGAUGAGCUUAACGAAGAUACGGCUGUAACCAAGCACCUAGGGGAGAGGCUACAAAUAUGCAACAGCACGGCAUCGGCUUUCCGCUCAGCCAUUGAGAAGUACAUUGACACCAACUCAGAGCUGCCCCGGCAGCAGAGGAAGGGAGGGCAGUUCUGGCCCAUUGUGCGAUGCGUCCGGAUCUUUGUCCCAGAGGCAGAAGUACUGAGGACGGGGGCAGUCUUGGUCGAUCUUCCAGGAACGCGAGAUUCUAACGCAGCCAGAGAUAGGAUUGCCAAGGAGUAUCUGCAGAAAUGUGAUGUGGUUUGGGCAGUCGCCAACAUCACCCGGGCAGUCGAUGAUAAGACAGCCAAAGAGAUACUGACGUCCAGCCUGAGGCGCCAACUCUUUAUGGAUGGGCACUUUGAGAACAUGGCCGUGAUCUGCACAAAGACAGACCUGUACAACACCCAGGAGAUCAAGAGGGCUUUGAAUUUACAUGAUGAGACCAACAGACUGGAGGACACAGUGGUACGGCUGGGCCAUCGCCUCACCAGGCUGGAAGCCGAGAAGCAGACGCUGUAUGAGCAGUGGGAAAGGGGCGGAGAUUUUGCUGCAGGAAACGAUCCAAGGAACGAGAUCCUGGCAAAGGAGAAGGAGAUUAACCGCUUAAAGCAGGAGAAGGACGAGAGCCUGAGGAAUAUCAAUCUGAUGUGUGUCAGGGCCCGGAAUAACUACUCCAAGCAGCGCAUCCGCCAGGACUUCUGUCAGAGCCGCCAGGAAUUGGAAAAAGGAGAGGAUGAAGCAGAUGGAGAAGAGGAAGAUGAAGAGGAGAGAGAUGCAGAGAGCAGCAUGGAUGAGGGGGUGUCUGAGGGCCCCGGACUGAGAGUCUUCACUGUCAGUUCCAAGGAAUUCCUGGAGCUCCGUAGAAGGAGCCCCCUGGAGGGGAGCACUCGGUUGUUCAGUUCAGAGAGGGACACGGAAAUCCCAGAUCUCAGGGACUAUGCCAUAGAGACAGCGCUGAGAUGUUCCAUGUUGGCGGCAGAGAGAGUGACCCGCAAUACAGCCUGCAUUAUCAGCCAAGUUAUCACCUACCUGCUGAAUCGCAAGGCCCAGGAUGAGAGUCACCAGGAGCAGAUGAAGCUCACGGUGGAGGGGUGCCUGGAGGGGCUGCGGGGGCAGCUCAGGGAGGCAGUGUCUCUAUGUAACGGGCAGAUGACGACUUACAUCCAGGAGAAGAUUAAGGGAAGUUUAUUCAUGGGAGUGAUUUGUGCAGAGAAAUCUUGUGAGAACACUGUUAGGAAAUGGGGAUCCCGGCAGUCUGGAGGCUACUCCUACCCAACAUACAGAGCCACCUGUGCCCGCCACGGCUACUACAGCUCUCCUGCAUGUGGAGUCAUUGACUUUAAUGAGCAGUUGUCACAGCCAAUAACCAACGCCAUCACCAGAUCCUGGACAGAAGUUUUCAGUGGGGAACUGGUCGAGUGCUUGAGUCGGUUUAACCAGUCGGUCUCCAAACUACUCGCACUGUUCUUCAGGAAUAUGAGAUCUCAGCUGGUCGGACUGGGAAGCGGUCAGGAAAUGAUUUCAUUCAUUGAGAAGCAACAGCUGAAAUCCACCCAGGCAGAGCUCCUGAAUUUCUUUGUGGAUCAGAAGGAAUACAUCAGUCGGAGGCAACGCCACAUUUCACGCUUACUAACCCCCGAAGUCCAGAAAAGGAUGAUUGAAGUGUAUAAUGAUUGUCAGUCUGUAAAGGGUGAGGGAAGUUUUGAGAGAAUGAAAAGCUUGAUGUUUUCCCACGUUAAGGAGAGAAAGCAGCAAAUCUUCGGAGACGCCGCACUCAGCCUCAUGGAGCAGCUCCACUUUCUGCAGACCUACAUUCGGGACAGUCUGAGUAACUUUGUGAAAGAGAGACUUUACUCCCUGAGGCAACAGUGUGAGCCCCUUCUGCAGCCAAUGAAGAAAGAGGAGGAAAUGCUUCCAGAUCUCCGAAAUAUCUGGUCCCGUGUUAGUCACAUCUGCCAGAGAUCACAAGUGGAUUUCCGUCUUCCUGAGCUUGAAAUCACCCCCAAACCUGAGCCCUGUCACCAGGAGACAAGGGCCCAGAACAGGGUGGAACCCCCAGAAAUAACUUGCCUGUGCAAAGUGGUCAGAAUAGGAGAGAAUCCCAUCCUCAACUGCAACACCAUCAAGAUUUCUGCCAAAGGUGUCAGACUUGUUAGGGCAGCAGAACCUCCCAUCUGGGUGCCAUUUAGUAGUGUCCGAAACUGUGAGUUCUGUUCUGUUCUGUACUUCCUGACUCUACAUCUGUCCCCCGACUUUGCUUGGAUGUUUCAUAAACCGUCGUUCCAAACAGCAGAUACAGAUAAUAAACUCCUCAUUCUCCUGGAGAUGCCAUCUGAUGCACAACCUCUCACUGAAAUGAUGGACUUUAUCUCCUGGAGGCAGCAGGACACGGCCUGGUAUAGGGAGGUUGAUCUGCACGAGGGCAGAAGGACCCUGGAAAAGAUGCGGGUGUAUUACACUGAGAAGCAGGAGCCCAAACAAGAUGUAGAACCGGAUCAUCUAUUUUUAAACCCUGCACCCUCUCUGAGCACCGCUCCCCCAUCUUUCCUAGGGGUCUCCCAGCUCUCAUUCAGCAGGAAACGAGGGUCUUUGUCUCCCCAACGAGGAGAGGUUCUGGAGAAGAAGCCGCAUGUGGUACCAAAUCCCACUCAGCAGGAAGCAAGGACUUUCCCUUCCCAAGCGGGACUGCACUCAGCAUUUCCCAGGAGCCCAAGGCAGAACCUGGAAUCCUAAAAGGGCUGUGUAGCUUCAGGAGACCUUCAUGCCGAGAUGUUCGAGCCGUGGGACUGAAUGGAACGGAAAUAUAAACCUGCUGCCCGGGGCCCUGUGCCUGGUGGGGAGUUACUGCACUAAUAAAGUUCUGUUGUACAGUAAGUG